AUGGAUCCCAACACAAUGCAAGAUUUGUUGGUAAUGCGUCGUACUGCUGUUCCAACGAAUGACAAAGCUGUUAGGGAUCGCCUUAGACGACUUGGGAAGCCAAUUACUCUGUUUGGAGAACAAGGAAUGGAGAGAAGAUCUAGGUUGAGUAACCUUAUGGGUAGCCUUAGUGUAGAUAAACUACUUGAAACGCACGUCGAAGAAGAAGAUGCGGCUCCAAAAGAGCAAGUGUAUGAUGAUCAAGUAUCUAUAUACCCGUUUUUUACCGAGGGUCCAAAGGAACUUAGAGAGGCUAGAAUAGAGAUUGCCAAGUUUUCUAUCAAGAGAGCAGCUGUCAGGAACCAGCGUGCAAAGCGGCUGAGGGAUGAAGAGUCUAAGUGGGCUUUAAAGCAUGCUAAAGACAUGGUCCUGGAUUGCAGUAACUUUGGAGAUGAUCGUCCUCUUACCGGCUGCUCCUUCUCUCGCGAUGGAAAGAUACUUGCCACAUGUUCUCUGAGUGGGGUUACUAAUUUGAGGGAGAUGCGUCAAGUUACAAACAAGAUUGCUGUCUUGGAGGACAAUAAGGAACGUGCAACUGAUGUAGUGUUCUCCCCUGUGGAUGACGACUGUCUAGCAACUGCUUCUGCUGAUCGAACUGCAAAGCUGUGGAAAACUGAUGGAACACUAGUACAAACUUUUGAAGGUCAUUUGGAUCGUCUUGCACGCGUUGCCUUCCACCCAUCAGGGAGAUACCUAGGAACAACCAGCUUUGACAAAACAUGGAGAUUGUGGGAUAUAAACACAGGUGCAGAGCUGCUCUUGCAAGAAGGUCACAGUCACGGUGUCUGUGGAAUUGCAUUUCAACAAGAUGGAGCAUUAGCAGCUUCUUGUGGGCUUGAUUCACUCGCACGGGUUUGGGAUCUCCGCACUGGUAGGAGUAUUCUUGUCUUCCAAGGAAAAACCAAACCUCUACUCUCAGUGUACUUCUCUCCUAAUGGUUAUCACUUGGCAUCUGGUGGUGAGGAUAAUCAAUGCCGUAUAUGGGAUUUAAGGAUGAGAGAGUCAUUGUACACUAUAGCAGCUCAUUCUAACCUUGUGUCUCAAGUGAAGUAUGAACCACAAGCAGGUCACUUCCUGGCCACUGCCUCCUACGACAUGAAUGUCAACAUAUGGUCGGGAAGAGAUUUCUCGCUCGUUAAAAGCUUAGCAGGGCAUGAGUCAAAAGUCGCCUCUCUCGAUAUCACUCCAGAUAGCUCGUGUAUUGCUACUGUAUCACAUGACCGCACCAUCAAGAUUUGGACGAGCAGUGGAAAUGGCGAAGAUGAAUCAUAAGUCUAGGUAUCUCCAUAGACCAUAGUGGUAAGCUUUUGAAGAACUGUAUCAUU